UUGGGGAUGCCGUCGCGUUUAAUGACUUUUAUUUUGGAAAGCAUCCAUGCCAUGGAAUUUCCUCCGCACGUCCUGGUUUAUUGUCUGCCUCAGGAUAAAAAGAGAGAUAUUAAAAUGAGUAAUCCACUGAGAGGUGAAGUUUUAAGAUUGUACAAAAAUCUUCUGUAUCUUGGGCGGGAUUAUCCAAAAGGCACUUCAUACUUCAGCGAGCGUCUGAAAACAGCUUUCAUGAAGAACAAAGAUAUCACAGAUCCCGAGAAAAUCAAAAAGCUGGUUGACCGUGGAGACCUUGUGAUCAAAGAACUCGAGGCACUUUACUUCCUCAGGAAAUACAGAGUAAUGAAGAAACGCUACUAUGAACCAGAGCAUUAAUCCAUGUAUCUGUCACACGUGCCAGACUGUACAGUGUAUAUGUCAAAGGUUAAAUCAUUAUUAUCUGUACAUUUCUGAUUGUUUGUGUUUGAUGUGUACUAUAACAUAUUUGGACAUAAACAUUUAUUUUUACUACUUCUAAGUCCUUGUUAAAUUUACAAUAUACAGUUAUUGGUAAUGACAAGUACAUAUGCAUGUAUAGUUAAAGGCAUUUCGUUUUAUGAUGUCCUAAGCAGGUGUUUGUGUAGAUAGCUCUACAUCACAGAAAGCAAAGUUGGUUUUUCCAAAGGAUUUGUCCAGUUCCUGCUCCAGCUCAAACGUCCCUGCACUACCGGAAACCUUUUAGUGCAAAUAAUCAAAAAUUAUCAAAGUGAUGGGAAUAGUGUGAGUAUAUUUGUACAUGUACAUUUGUAUAUAUGCUCGCAUUAAAGAAUAUACUCACUUUUGCUUUGAGAA